AUGGUCGAAUUCAAAAAUAUUCGAAAUUUAUUGUCGUUUUGGUAGGUCUUUCCGAAUAUUUUCAAAAUCGAGAAGCUUUUUUUAGGAUCUUCGGAUUAUGCAACAACUUUGGUUAUGUUAUGAUGCUCAGUGCUGCUCAAGAUAUUUUAACAAAAGGAGAAACUGGAAAUGAAAAACAAGAGGAAAAUGAUGUUUGCCUGGUAAAAAGGAGAAUUGACGGAACUAAUUGUGAAAACAUGAUUCAUGUUUUCAGAAUUCCACAGAAACUAGAUUUUGCAAUGAAGUUUCGACUGGAGUUGUUUUGCUUUGUAAUAUUUUUCCUGGAUUGAUCAUCAAACUUUUGGCCCCAUUUUUUAUUCAUAAGAUACCUUAUGGGUAGGUUCGAAUAUUUUUUUGAGUAAAACGUUGUUGAUAAAAAAAAUGGGGAUAAUUUGUGAUAGCUCAAAAAGUUAGCCAGAUUUUUUUCACAAUCAAUAAAAAAAUAAAUUUUAUGAAUCUAUACUUGAAUUCUAAAUCCCUCAUAAAACUUUUGAACUAAAAACAAUUUUCAAAUACUCAGUAGAUUUUUAAAAUUUUAAACGUCAUCUUGAUUCAUCAAUUUCUACAGUAAUCCCAAGAAAUUCCGCAUUUCAGAACUCGUCAUUUCAUUGUCUGCCUCUCUACUAUUUUUGCCUUUCUAAUCACCACAUUUUCUGGAAAUGUCAUUCUUUCUCUUGUUGGAGUUCUUCUAACUUCAUUUGCCAGUGGUUUAGGAGAAAACACAUUUUUAUCAAUGGCAAGUCAUUAUUCUCCAGCAUCAAUUAGUUCUUGGAGCAGUGGAACUGGUGCAGCUGGAAUUAUUGGAGCAUUUGUCUAUGCUUCUCUAACUGAUCCACAUAUUUUUGCUGUUUCACCAACUGAUACAAUGUUGAUUGCUUUGAUUGUUCCGAUUGUUUUUGCACUGACUUAUUAUUUUUUGUUAGUUAUUCCAGCGACAAUUCGAGGAAGAAUAUUAAUUCGGAAACCUCGAUCUUUUAUUUUAACAAACAAUGAAGACAGGAAAUCUGAGGAUCAAAAUUUCCCAAAUAAAUUUCAAAUUAUCCGCCAAUUAUUGAUUUAUAUUAUCCCAAUUGCUCUUGUUUAUUAUGCGGAAUAUCUGAUAAAUCAAGGACUCGUUGAACUUUCAGUUUUUACAUGUGAUUCAGGAUUUGGAACAUCGCCAAAAUCACAAUAUCGAUGGUAUCAAGUAUUAUAUCAAGUUGGAGUAUUUAUUUCAAGAUCUUCAAGUGAUAUUAUUCAACUUGGAUUAGUUAUGAUAACUCUUCUCCCAGUUUUACAAUUUAUAAAUGUUGCAAUAUUUCUUGGAAAUGCUCUUCAUCCAUUUAUUCCAAAUUUUGGAAUUGCUUGUUUUUUGGUGUUUUUCGAAGGUUUGAUUGGAGGAGCGAGUUAUGUUAACUCAUUCAGACAUAUUCAUCAAAAUGUUGAUUCAAAUAUUCGAGAAUUUGCUCUUGGAACUUGUUCAGUUGCUGAUGGAAUUGGAAUAUUAUUGGCUGCAUUUUCAGCAAUUCCAGUGCAUAAUUCGAUUUGUAAUAUGGGAUAUAUUUGAUUUGAGUUUCGAAAUGAAAGGAAAUGUAAAAUAUAAAUAUAACUAAACUUGUUGGAAUAAAUUUUAAAAAUAUUUUUCGUUGAUUAUUGAGAAAACGUCUAAUUUUUCAGAAUCUUGAAAAGAUUGUGAUUCAGGAAUUCCGGCUUAUAAGCUGUACUCAUUUUAUUGUUUCUUAUCAUUAUCAUCUUCUCUCUUUACUUUUUUUCCGUGAGCCGCCAUUUUUUCCGUCAAAAGUUUUAAAACAUAAAACGCUCCGCCCAUUUCUCAUAUCCCAUUUCAUUUCGAAAAAUAAUGAAAAAAUUCUAGUGAUUCCAAAAAGUUCUGAUUUUUUGAGGUAUGGCUACUCUGCGACUUUAAGAGCAAAACAUUUGAGUGCAUAGAGCCAAACCUCGAAAAAACAUGAAUUUUGAUUUUUUUUUUCUAAAUUUAUUUGUUUGCAUUAUGAUUGCGAUAAAAAUGUUAAAUAUUGACAUUUUCAAAAACAAUCAUCUGACACAUUAUUUUCCGCAUCAAAAUAAAUAUGCAUUGCCGAAAAGUUGCCAUUUUUCUAGAUAAACCCAUAAAUGUCUACGUCUCUUCUCUCUAUCCUAUUGUUAGAGACGCAGAGUUUGUGUCUCAUUUUUCCCGAACAGAUGUCAACCCCACGCUGAUCCCCCUCAUCUCUUUUCUUUUUUUCAUACAUACAUAUAUUUUUAUACUUACCCACACCCCAAUAUUAUUAUUAUUGUGAAGAAAAGUUUUUUUUGCCUCCUGUUUUCAAUAAAAUUUCAAAAGUUUCCCGCCCGUUUGACAAAAAAACACUAAUCAUUACCAGUUUUCUCCGUUUUCCAACGGCAGCUGAAGCAUUUUUCGUUUUUCAAACAGUCAGCGCAAAUAAAACAAUUGAUUUUUGUUUGGCAAGAACAUAUUUCAAGUGUGCCUUUCUUCCCGCUAGUUUUUCUUGAUGAAAUUCUAGAAAUUCACAUAUUCCUGAUUUCUCAAUAUUAACUAAUUAAUCAUCUUUUAAUGGGUGACAAUUAUCACCUUAUCUAUCUUUUGUUUUCUUCCAAUUCAUGUGAAUUUUCUUUUUAAUUCCGAAAAAAAAUUUGAAAUAAAAAAAUUAAUAAUUUUUAAAUGUUUUAAUAUUUAAACGCGUCGAGACCAUUGCUUGUUUUCAUGUGCGCCUUUGAAGUACAGUUUAUCAAUAGAGCACACUUUCCUCCACAGAAUAUAUUUUUUCUUUUUUUUUUUCUCCAAGUUUUUUUUCGAAAAAAAAGUGAUAAGUGAUCAAAUCUCGCCUCACAACUUCACAACUGUCCAAAAAUCACAUGCUACGUACAUUUUUCGUCCUCGUUCCAACUUUUUAUCAAAAAAAAUAGAAAAACACUAAAGAAAAUUGAUUUUUUGUUGUUUUUCGUACUCUUUUUUAUAUUGAAAAAAAUCGAUACCGAAGAGGAUUUUUCUAUUUGUAUUGUAUUCAUUUUAUUGUAAAAAAUCGGUUUUUUUCUUGGUUUUUCAAAUAGUUUACGUUUACGUUUACUCGAUGAAAAGAGAGAGCGAUAAGAAUAAGAUGAAAUGAAAUGCAUAAUUUGUUCACAUGACUUUUUUUCAACAUUUAUUCUUACAACAAUCAAACAUUAAUUAAUUUAAUUGUUAAUUGAUAUCAAAUUUUGUAGAUCGACUUGGUGAAAAUCGAAAAAUGUCGGAAACCCUCUCAAAACUACUAACAAUAACAGCAGGAACACUUUAUCCAGCGUAUCGAAGUUAUAAAGCAGUUCGAACCAAAGAUACAAGAGAAUAUGUAAAAUGGAUGAUGUAUUGGAUUGUUUUUGCUAUUUAUUCAUUUCUCGAAAAUAUUCUUGAUUUGAUGUUUGCAUUUUGGUUUCCCUUCUAUUUUCAACUCAAGAUUAUAUUCAUUUUUUGGCUGCUUAGUCCGUGGACAAAAGGAGCAUCGAUUUUAUAUCGGAAAUGGGUUCAUCCAACAUUAAAUCGACAUGAAAAAGAUAUUGAUGCACUUCUUGAAUCGGCCAAAUCGGAAAGUUAUAAUCAAUUAGUUUCGUUUGGAAGUAAAAGUUUGGUUUAUGCAAAAGAUAUUGUUGCUGAAGCUGCUGUUAGAGGACAACAACAAUUAGUUAAUCAAUUACAAAGGUUCGUAGUUUUGGGGGUGGAAAAUUUUGGAAUUCCGAGAUCUUUUCCUGAAAAUAUAAUUUCGCCUAGAAAAGCCAGAAACUGACUUCAGCUUUCAAAAAAAUUGGUUUGAAAAAUAUCUAAAAUUUUUUAAGACCAAAAAUUGAUAAUUUAAAAUUCUCAAAAAUGUUUUGGAGUCGAAUUUUCUCGCAAAAAUUGAAAAAAAAAUUUUUUUUUGAAAAAUCAGUUUUCUUGAAAUUUUGAAAUCGAGAAAUCCUGUUUCAGCCAAAAAUCAUAAAACUUGUCGAUUUUUGAAUUGUUAUCUUUGUUCAAAUGUUAGUUCAAAGAAAUAUGAAGAAAGUUCGAAUUUUUUAAAAUGUGAAAUUAACUGUUUCGUUGAGAAAAUAAUAAAAUCUGUUUUUGCGUGACCCUUCAAUAUUUUUUUUAUUUAUAAAUUUUAGAAUCUAAAAUCAUUUUCUAAAAUUAAUUUCCACAAAUAAAUCUAAUAAUUUUUCCAGAUCCUACAGCGCAAAUGAUGUUGGUUCAGAUCGUGAAAGUUCAGUUCGAAAACGGGUAAACAUUGACAACGAAAUCGAAGAAUUGGACGAAACAUCUGAUCAUGAACUAGUGAAUUCAGAAGAAGUUCCAGCAAGAAAACGCAAAACUCGAUCUCGUUCAAGAUCAAAAACAAUUGAAGGCGGUGAAAAUGUUUAUGCAUCAUCGACAAUUCCAAGAAGAACAUCUAGAAGAUACUAG